AUGCUAAAAAAUUAUCAGCUCAAAAUUGAUUCUCAUAAUUUAGAUUUUGCAAAUGUAGAAAAGCAAUUAGAGUCUGUGAAGAAAGAACGUGAUUCCAUGAAAGAAUAUUUAAGGCAGUUGGAACAAAAGAACGAUGAUUUAGAACGUGCUCAUCGUAUUUUAAACGAGAGCAUUGUAGAUUUCGAAAAAAUGCUCGAUAAAGCCUACGAAAAGAAUGCACUGCUCGAAUUGGAAGUGGAUGAAAAAGAAAUGUUACAAGAAAAACUGCAAAGACUAAUGGAUGAAACGAGAGACUUAAAACAAGAGUUAAAUAUUAAAGGACGAUAUUCACAAUCAAAUGGCGCGGUUAACAAUGCAAUUAAUACAUCAACUGGAAGUAUACCAAAUGGUAUAGCUGUAAGUUUAAGUGAUCUGAAAAGUUAUGAAUCAUCUACUACAAUUAACAGUGGCUCAAUGAACAUUAACGAAUUGAAUGAACAGCAAUCGUUAAAAAGAAAAAGCUAUCAAGAUCCUGAUAAUCUGCUUAAUGGCAAUGCAAUGACUGCAAGUUCCCGCACAACUGCAUUAAAUAUUGUCGCAGAUAUGCUAAGAAAAUUAAACGUAAUUCCUAAACUUGCUCAACCGCUUUUAAAUAAAAUCUAG